UAAAUAGUGCUUUAUAAGGGUAUCUGUGCUUAGAUUUGUGCCUCGAUAUACACCCAGUCUGGUUUUGGCAAUCUGGACCCACUUUAAUAAUCAUUAGAAUUUACUUAUCGAUUACAUUUCAAAAGGAAAUACAUUUCUAAAACGCGAAUGCAGUGAACUUUAAUCGAGAUCAAGCGGGACAUCAAAGAGUUUUGCUGACUGAUAUUUGGACUCGAGGCUGAAGUUCGGAUUGAACUCGAGCCGUUAGUUUGGACUUUGCGCUGAGGGGCGCGGCGGCGGAUGGAUACGAGCUCAUGUGAUGCGGUUACUGUUUGGUUUGACGUGAUACUCUGUUCUCCAAAACUUUUGAACGCUUUAUCGUGUAACCGAUCAGUCUCGACGUCAAAUGAAGAAGAGUGAGACAAUGUUCUACUAAAUUGAAAACGUGAGCUCCUCCAUUGCGAUUUACUGCGCUCACAGAAGCACUUCAGACCGGACCACCUCAGCACGAUGGAGUUUCAGUUUUUCGCAUCUCUUUCCUGUAUGAGGAAUUUCUUCGAUUCUCAUGCAUUGUACGCAAUUCACCAUUUCAACCGAAAUACAGCAAAUUGUGGCGGCAUAGGUUAUUCCCAGGAAGACUCCCCUCAUUUGCACAGCCGGCUUAAGAGCUCCCUCUUUCCUACUGGCUAACGAAGGCCAAUCAUAGGCGGAGGGAGGAGUCUGCACAGACGUAGGACUAAAUUGAUUGGAUGACAAAAACUUUUGACGCUUACCCAAACUCAACUUCCACGGAAUCCUCUCCUGGUUCCUCUAUCCCACCUUCACCUCUGGAGCAUGAUGUCCAAAUGCCCUCCGACUUGGAGGUUAUGACCACUCUUCUUAAAGAAGAACUGGCUCAACUGGAGGAUUAUUACCUGUAUGAAUCGACACCUAUGAAAUUGGAGAAAUGGCAAAAAUGUGACAAAAGCUUACAAGCUAUGGCUACACAGUCAUACUAUCAGUUGCCCUGCGCUUCGUACAAUGUAAACCAACCUGAAACAAAUCCCAGGCUGGUUUCCCUGGCAACUGGAGAUCUCGACCUGCGAGGCUUCUGUGGGGGCUCCAUGAGCCGACCGAAAACGAAAAUGUCUCGACCUGGCCCCUACAGCUACAUUCGGACACACUGCAAUAGCCAAAGAAUAUCAGCGAAUGGAUGUAAAGACGUCGAGGUGUUUGAGAAGGAAAUGUGGACUUUCAAAGGGACUCAUUCAGGUUACGCAGAGUUGGCUUUUGACCAGUGCUCUGUUGACAAAUCCUACGGAAAGAGCCACGCGAGCACAAAGAAGGUUCGAGAAUGUGCCAUACUGUUGAAGGAAGAAGAAAAAAGUUGCUUCACGGAAGAUGUGUUUUACCGAGCGGAGAUGAUGAGAAGUUACGAUCUCGGUGGGUCCCUGGAAUCCCACCACAGGCGAGAGGGCCAGAGCCAUGGGAUGAAGAUGGUCAGCCACGACGGGAUUGCGAUGCCCAUUUUGCAGUGCACCGAGAGCGAGAGCUGUCCACCGUAUAAACAAUCCGAAGUAGCCGAGUGCUACUUUCAUCAGAUUACUGCCAAUUUAGAGCCAUAUCACGGCUUCAUGAAUGAAAUCGAUCAGCCAAUCAGAACUGGGGCUGUUGAUAUCCAGAAUAAUGACUACUUGCACCACGAUUGCCUUGGGGACCAAAGCUUUGAAUGUCUGUCCGGAGACAGUGUUGGGUCCUCUUUGGAGUUGCCUGUCCAGAAACCACUACAAAGGUCACGGGAAAGUCAGUGUGUUUUUAAACCAGAUGUUAAAGUAGGUUCCUUGGAGAGAAACCACGGAGAACGCAAGCAGAAGAAGAGGGAUCAGAACAAGUCCGCUGCCCACAGGUACCGUCAGCGUAAGAGGGUGGAGCUGGACUGUUUGGAGGAGGAGCUUCAUGGUUUGGAAGGGCAGAACAGAGAACUUCGGGACAAAGCAGAAUCUGUAGAGAGAGAGAUUCAGUAUGUGAAAGAUCUCCUGAUUGAAGUCUACAAGGCUCGCAGUCAGCGCUUAAAAGAGGAUUCCAGUGCCUAAACCGUCUCUUACCAGCAUUUCACUUAUACCAGGCUCUGACAGCAUGUUUUUAUGCUCUAAAUAGUUAGUACAAAAAAAA